AUGGGCGCGGUCGAUUCGCUGACGCAGAACGGGCCGAUGGCGCGGUAUGUGGAGGACCUCGCGCUUCUCCUGCCUAUUAUAUCGGGGCCGGACUGGAGCGAUCCGUUUAUCGUGCCGAUGCCGCUGGGAGAUCCUGCGGAUGUCGAUUUAGGUGGUCUGCGCGUAUGCUUCUAUACGGACAACGGGAUACGCACGCCGACGGCGGAGACGGUAGCGGCUGUGCGGAUGGCGGCUGAUGCGCUUGCUGACGCAGGAUGCUCGGUGGAAGAGGAUGUGCCAUCCGUUAUUGCCGAGAACCCGAACAUAUCAAACGAGCUAUCGGGAGGCGACGGCAGGGCGUGGACGAAUCGGCUGCUUGAGAAGUGGGGCACGACGGAGACUUUCCCCUAUCUGACGCGGCGAAUAGCGAGAUCGCAGGACGAUAUGGUGUCUGUGGGUGACUUUACCGCGAGACUGGAGCAUGUUGACGGUUUCCGCAGCGCAAUGCUGGGCUUCAUGCAGGACUACGAUGUCAUCAUCUGUCCGGUUGCGGCAUUUGCAGCGCUCCCGCAUGGGGAGUCGCUGAAGGACGAGAACCAGCCGGGCAUGAGCUACGCGGCGACAUACAACAUCACGGGCUGGCCCUCGACGGUCAUACGGGGCGGCACAUCCCCGGAAGGUCUGCCGAUUGGCGUGCAGGCCGUGGCGCGGCCGUGGCGCGAGGAUGUGUCGCUGGCGGUGGCGCAGUACCUGGAAGGCGUGCUGGGCGGGUGGCAGAAGCCGCCGAUUUAA